CGGGGCCGGAAGGGCAGGCCGCGCGGGUAGGCGGGGGCGCGUGGCGUCGCCUCGCGUCUCUCCGUCCGGGUCUCGCGGCCGCGGCAGCCUCGAGCGCGGCGGAGGGUCCCCGCGCGGCGCGAGCGGAGCCGCCGGCUGGCCUCGGCAGCGUGGGUCGCCAUGUACAAUGGGAUAGGGCUGCCGACGCCCCGGGGGAGCGGCACCAACGGCUACGUGCAGCGCAACCUCUCGGCCCUGCGCCACAAGAAGGAGCGGGCCGACUACAAGGCGGAGGAGGAGCUGCGCAAGCUGGAGUCCAGCCUGCUCAAGAAGCCCAACCAGGACAUCCUGGACCACGAGCGCAAGCGCAAGGUGGAGCUGAAAUGCCUCGAGCUCUCCGAGCUCAUGGAGGAGCAAGGGUACAACGAGGGCGAGAUCCAGGAGAAAGUGGCCACUUUCCGCUUGAUGCUGCUGGAGAAGGACGUGGCGCUGGGCAAGGAGGGCGAGCAGCCCGAGCACAAGCCCACGGUGACGGAGACCCACCAGCUGGCCGAGGCCAACGAGAAGAAGAACGAGCGGCUGCGGGCCGCCUUCGGCAUCAGCGAGAGCUACGUGGACGGCAGCUCCUUCGACCCCAACCGCCGGGCCAAGGAGGCGCCCGCCGCCCCCGCCGCCCGGCCCCCCGACCCCCCCAAGGCCUUCAGCCUGGCGCGCGAGUCGAGCAGCUCCCGGUCGCCGUCUCCUAAGCAGAAGAAGAAGAAAAAGAAGAAAGACAGAGGAAGGUCGGAGAGCCGCUCGCCGGGGCGGCGUGAGCGGAAGAAGAGCUCCAAGAAGAAGAAGCACAGGUCUGAAUCGGAGUCCAAGAAGCGGAAGCACCGGUCUCCGAGCCCCAAGAGCAAACACAAGGCCAAAGAGAAGAAGCGCAAGAGAUCCACCAGCGAGUCGACGUCGCAGAAGAGCCGCCGCGAGCGCUCUUCCUCGCCCGCCUCCUCCUCCUCCUCCGGCUCCUCCCGCAGCAGGUCCCGCAGCGCCACGGCCCCGAAGGCCCCGCCCCAGCCCCAGCGCAGCCAGACCCCCCCGCCGCCGAGCGCCGAGAGCCGCCCCGCGGCGCCCCCCGAGAAGGAGCCGGCGCCGGCCCCGGGCCCCGCCCGGGCCAGCGAGGAGCCGGAGAACCCGCCGGAGCCCCCCGCCCGCUCGCCGUCGCCCCCCGCCACCGCCGCCGAGCAACCGGAGCCGCCCGUGACGCCCGCCGCGGCGCCGCCGUCGCCCGCCGAGGCCUCGCCCCCCGCCGCAACCGCCACCGCCGCCUCCCCCGCCGGGCCGCUGCCGCCGCCGCCGCCCCCCGCGGCCUCGCCGCCGCCCCCCCGGGCCGCCUCGCCCGCCUCCCGCUCCGACAGCGGCGCCCGCUCUUCCUCCUCCUCCUCCUCGCCCCCCAAGCCGGCCCCGGAGGCGACGGCGGCGGCGCGCCGCAGCGUGUCGCCGCUGCCGCCGCCUCCCGCCAAGGCCGCGGCCAAGCCGGCCUCCUCCUCCUCGCGCCGCUCCGCCACCCCCGCCAAGGCCUCCAAGGGGCGGAGCAGCAACAGGCGGGAGCGCUCGCGGUCGCGCAGCCCCGCCGGGGGCCGCCGGGGCCGCUCGCGCUCCCGCACCCCGCCGCGCCGGCGGUCCCGCACCCCCGCGCGCCGGCGGUCCCGCACCCCGGCCCGCCGCAGCGCCUGGUCCCGCUCGCGGACGCCGCGCCGGGGCCGCUCGCGCUCCCGCACCCCGCUGUGGCGCCCCGAAUCGGGCAGCCCCCAGCGCCGGCCCCGCUCGCCCUCCCGCAGCCCCGCCCGCCGCCCCAAAUCCCGCACGCCGCCGGCGCGCCGGGCCCGCUCCCGCACCCCGCCCCGCUGGGGGGGGGGCCGCUCCCGCUCCCGCUCCCCCCGCGGCCGCGCCUGGCGCUGGGGCCGCUCCCGCAGCCCCGCCCGGCGCCGCUCCCGCACCCCGGCGCGCCGCCGCAGCCGCUCCCGCACGCCGUCGCGCCGCGGGCGCUCCCGCACCCCCGCGCGGCGCCGUAGCCGCUCCCGCACCCCCGCGCGGCGCCGCUCCCGCACCCCCGCCCGCCGCGGCCGCUCGGCCUCCUCGCCGGGCCGCCGUAGCCGCUCGCCGUCCUCCCCCGAGCGGCGCCGCCGGGGCCGGGGGACGGCGUCGCGCCGCAGCCGCUCCGACUCCUCGGCCGAGGGGCGGGGCCGGCGGGGGGCGGGGCGCCGCAGCCGCUCCGCCUCCUCGCCCCGCCCCAAAAAGAAGGCCCGGGCCUCGCCCCGGCGCAGCCGCUCCCGCAGCUCCGCCGGCCGCCGCCGCCGCCGCCGCCGCAGCUCCACCGCCUCGCCCGCCCCCAAGCGCAGGGGCUCCCGCUCGCCCCCGCCCCGCUCCCCCUCGCCGCCUGUCGCCAACACCGCGACGCCCGUCACCGACACCGCGACGCCCGCCGCCGCCCCUGAGGCUCCGGCGGAACCCGCCCCGCCGCCGCCGCCCGCCCGCCCCAAGUGGGUGCCCAUCGGCAUGGCGCAGCCCGAGCCGCCGCCUGUCGUGAAACCGCCGCCCGCAACAGCCGCUGCCACCGCGGCAACACCGCCGAGCGGCCCCAAGUGGGUGCCCAUCGCCCCGGUACAGCCGGAGACACCAUCGAGCGCCUCCAAAACACCCGCGGCGGAGGCGAAAGCAGCGACGCCGGCACAGCCGAGCAGCUCGACGACAACACCUGCGGCGGAGGCGAAAGCGGGAACACCGUCGCAAGAGGGUGUCUCCAAAGCAACACCCGCGGUGGACGCAAAAGCGGGAACAUCAUCACAGUCAAGUGCCUCCAAGGCGACACCCGCGGCGGAGGUGAAAGCGGGAACACCGUCACAGCCGAGCGCUUCAAAAGCAACACCCGCGGCGGAAGCGAAAGCGGGAACACCGUCACAGUCAAGCCUCUCCAAGUCGCCUGUUGCCGAUGGGAGAUCGGGAACCCCGUCGCAGCAGAGCCUGCCCAAAGCGAUGCCUGUUGUCGACGCAAAACCGGCCCCACCGUCGCAGCAGAGCCUGCCCAAGGCGAUGCCUGUUAUCGGCGCGAGGCUGCUGGCGCUGUCGCAGCAGAGCCUCCCCAGGGCGAUGCCUGUUGUUAACCUGAAGUCAGCCAUACCGCCGCAGCACGGCCUGCCCAAGGCAAUGCCUGUUGUUGAGUCUCGACUGACAGCGCUGUCACAGCAGGGCCUCCACAAGGCGAUGCCUGUUGUUGAUGCGAGGUUGAUCGCGCUGUCGCAGCAGAGCUUGCCGAAAGCGAUGCCUGUUGUUGACGCGAGGUUGAUUGCGCUGUCGCAGCAGACCCUGCCGAAAGCGAUGCCUGUUGUUGACGCGAGGUUGGCAACAGCGUCACAGCAGAGCCUCCCCAAGGCGAUGCCUGUUGUUGAGCCUCGAUCGGCAACAGCGUCACAGCAGAGCCUCCCCAAGGCGAUGCCUGUCGUUGAGCCUCGAUCAGCAACAGCGUCACAGCAGAGCCUCCCCAAGGCAAUGCCUGUUGUUGAGCCUCGAUCGGCAACAGCGUCACAGCAGACUCUCCCAAAGGCAAUGCCUGUUGUUGAGCCUAGAUUGGCAACACCGCCACAGCAGGCUCUCCCCAAGGCGAUGCCUGUUGUCGAGGUGAAACCGGCAACACCAUCAGAGCAAAAUCUCCCCAAGGCGAUGCCUGUUGUCGAGGUGAAACCAGCAACACCGUCACAGCAGACUCUUCCCAAGGCGAUGCCUGUUGUCGAGGUGAAACCAGCAGCACCAUCAGAGCAGACUCUCCCCAAGGCCAUGCCUGUUGUCGAGCCUAGAUUGGCAACACCGUCACAGCAGACUCUCCCAAAGGCGAUGCCUGUUGUCGAGGUGAAAUCACCAACACCGUCAGAGCAGACUCUCCCCAAGGCCAUGCCUGUUGUCGAGGUGAAAUCACCAACACCGUCAGAGCAGACUCUCCCCAAGGCGAUGCCUGUUGUUGAGGUGAAAUCGCCAACACCGUCAGAGCAGACUCUCCCCAAGGCCAUGCCUGUUCCUGAGGUGAAAUCGCCAACACCAUCCCAGCAAAAUCUCCCAAAAGCAAUGCCUGUUGUCGAGGUGAAACCACCAACACCGCCACAGCAGAGCCUCCCCAAGGCAAUGCCUGUUGUUGAGGCUCGAUCGCCAACACCGUCACAGCAGACUCUCCCAAAGGCAAUGCCUGUUGUUGAGGCUCGAUCGCCAACACCGUCACAGCAGACUCUCCCAAAGGCAAUGCCUGUUGUUGAGCCUCGAUUGGCAACACCGUCACAGCAGAGUUUGCCAAAGGCGAUGCCUGUUGUCGAGGUGAAAUCACCAACACCGUCACAGCAGACUCUCCCAAAGGCAAUGCCUGUUGUUGAGCCUAGACUGGCAACACUGUCGCAGCAGACUCUCCCCAAGGCGAUGCCUGUUGUUGAGGUGAAAUCACCACCACCACAGCAGACUCUCCCCAAGGCAAUGCCUGUUGUUGAGGUGAAAUCACCACCGCCACAGCAGACUCUCCCGAAGGCGAUGCCUGUUGUUGACUUGAAACCGGCAACACCGUCACAGCAGAGCUUGCCAAAGGCAAUGCCUGUUGUUGAGGUGAAAUCACCAACACCGUCACAGCAGGCUCUCCCCAAGGCAAUGCCUGUUGUUGAGGUGAAACCGGCAACACCGUCACAGCAGGCUCUCCCCAAGGCGAUGCCUGUUGUUGAGCCUAGAUUGGCAACACCGUCACAGCAGACUCUCCCCAAGGCGAUGCCUGUUGUUGACUUGAAACCGGCAACACCGUCACAGCAGGCUCUCCCCAAGGCGAUGCCUGUUGUUGACUUGAAACCGGCAACACAGUCACAGCAGGCUCUCCCCAAGGCGAUGCCUGUUGUUGACUUGAAACUGGCAACACCGUCGCAGCAGGCUCUCCCCAAGGCGAUGCCUGUUGUUGACUUGAAACCGGCAACACCGUCGCAGCAGACUCUCCCCAAGGCGAUGCCUGUUGUUGACUUGAAGCCAGCAACACCGUCGCAGCAGGCUCUCCCCAAGGCGAUGCCUGUUGUCGAGGUGAAACCAGCAACACUGUCAGAGCAGAAUCUCCCAAAGGCGAUGCCUGUUGUCGAGCCUAGAUUGGCAACACCGUCACAACAGAGCCUCUCGAAACCAACACCCGUCGUCGAGGUGAAAUCUGGGAGCCCCCUGCCCCAGAGCCCCUCGAAACCAACACCCACCAUGACGGCACAGGCGGCCACUCCGCUGUGCCAGAGCCUCUCCCAACCGGCCCCCGUUGCGGUGACGAAGCCAGCACCACCGCCGGGGCAGAGCCCCCCCAAGCCGCCGCCUGUUGCGACAGCCCAGCCGGGCCCCAGCGCCUCAAAACCGCUGCCUGUCACCGCGGUGCCGCCUGUUGCGGAGGCCAAAGUGGAGGCGCCGCCCGGCUCCCCCGGCCGAGCGCAACAGCCGCGCUGCCGCUCUCCAGAGGCCGCACAGGCGGAGGCCGGCGCCAAGCUGGACCGCCGCAGCCUCUCGCCGGCGCCCGCCGAACCGCCACGCCUCAGCCGGGCCCCGGAGCCGCCCACCAGCGCCCGAGCCGACGAAGAGCCCGGAGCCGCCCAGCCUUCGGCCUCGCCGGCCCGCGGCCGCUCCCGCUCACCCCCCGUGCUGGAGAAGAUGGCGCCGGAGACGGGUGCCCCGGCGCCCGAGAAGCCCCGCUCUUCCUCCUCCUCCUCCUCCUCCUCCUCCUCCUCUUCGUCGUCCUCCUCCUCCUCCGGCCCCCCGGAAGCUGCCAAGAUGGAGCCCAUGGUCGUCGAGGGUCCUGCCACUGUCGUGGCUGCCGCCGCUGCGUCCCCCGUCACCGCCGUCGCGGCGCCCAAGGAGAAGCGGAGCUCUUCGUCCUCCUCCUCCUCCUCCUCCUCGUCCUCCUCCUCGUCCUCCUCCUCCUCCUCCUCGGACUCCAGCUCCAGCUCCAGCUCCUCCGAGUCGGGGCCCCCCUCGCCGGCCGCCCCGGCCCCCGAAGGCGACGCCGCGCAGACAGAGCCCGGCAGCCCGACGGCGGUGGCAGCGGCGGCGGUGGCCCGCGAGGGCCGCACCCUGGCCGUGACCCGGCGCAAGCGCCGCUCGCGCAGCUCCAGCUCCUCCUCCAGCAGCUCCUCGUCGUCCUCCUCCUCCUCCUCUUCCUCCUCCUCCUCCUCCUCCUCCUCCAGCAGCUCCUCGUCCUCCUCCUCCUCCUCCUCCUCCAGCUCCUCGUCGUCCUCCUCCUCCUCCUCCUCCAGCUCCUCCUCCUCCUCGGCGCCCCCCGGCCCCAAGGCAGCCGCCCGGAAGGCCUCGCCCCAGCGCACACGGUACACGGAGCCCGCGGCCCGGACGCCGGGGUCCCCCCCGCCCCGCACCGGCGUCGGCGGCUCCCCCCCGCCCCGCACCGGCGUCGGCGGCUCCCCCCGGACGCCGGGGCCCCCGGCCGAGCCGCCUGCCUCUGCCGUGGGCGAGGAGCAAGGCGCCGCCCCCCCCGCUGCCCCAGCCUCCCCGGCGGCGGCUCCCCGGACACCUGGGCCCCUUCCCUCGGCUCCCGGGGCGGGCGCCUCUCCCCGGACACCUGGGCCCUGCCCCGAGGCGGGAGCGGGGGGGGAUCCCGGCACGGCGGCGGCUCCCUCGGAAGCGGGCGGCGGGUGUUGCCCCCCCCCGGCGCCUGAGCCCUCCGCGGCUCCCCCCACCACCGCCGCCGAGCCCUCCCGGACGCCUGGGCCCUCGGCUGCCGAAACGGGUGGCGGGGGGGCCCCAACCACGGCGGCGGCGGCGGGUGCGACGGGGUCCCCCCCCGCGGCUCCCACCCCCACGGCUCCCACGGCGCUUGCUGCCUCCCCCCAAACGCCCACGGCUGCCGCCCCCGCCCAGACGCCUGGGCCCUCGCCGGCGGCUGCCCAACCCGGCGCCACGGCGGCUCCCCGGGCUCCCGGGGCGGUGGGAGUCACCCGGACGCCUGGGCCCGCGGCUGCUCCCCGGGCUCCCGGCGCCACUAGCACGCCCCGGACGCCGGGGCCCCUGCUGUCGCUGACGCCGGGGAGGGGGGCGGGGGGGCUGCCCCGGACGCCUGGGUCCCUGCUUUCGCUGACGCCGGGGCGGGUGGUGCGCGCCUCGCCCCGGACGCCUGGGUCCCUGCUGUCGCUGACGCCGGGCCGGGGCCUCGGCGGCUCCCCCCGGGCGCCCGGCGGCCCCUUCCCCCUCCUCGCCGCCCGCGCCGGCUUCGCCCGGACGCCUGGGUCCCCCUUCCUCUCGGGCCCCGCCCGCGGCGUGGGGGGCGGCUUCGCCCGGACGCCUGGGUCCCCUUUCCUCUCCACGCCGGGGCGCGGGGGAAGCGGCGGCGGCGCUUUCCCCGCCGGACGCCUGGGCCCUUGCAUCCACCGGCUCCAGGGCAACGUCAUGGGGUGCCCCGGACGCCUGGGCUCCUGUAUCCACCGCCUGCAGGGCAGCGUGGGCAUGGGCUGCCCCGGACGCCUGGGCUCCUGCAUCCACCGGCUCCAGGGCAGCAUGGGCAUGGGCUGCUCCGGACGCCUGGGCUCCUGCUACCACCGCCUCCAGGGAAGCAUGGGCACCGGCGGCUCCCGCUCGCCCUUCGCCAUGACCCCCGCCAUGGCGGCGGCCGGCUCCGCCCGCCUCGCCGCCACCGGCAACAUGGCCGCCAGCGCCACCAACAUGGCCGCCAGCAACAUGGCCAACGCCGGCAACAUGGCCGCCAACAGCAUGGCCAACAACAUGGCCGCCGGUAACAUGGCUAACAACAUGGCUGCCAACAAUAUGGCUGCCGGUAACAUGGCCGCCAACAACAUGGCUGCCAACAGCAUGGCCGCCAACAAUAUGGCCGCCGGCAACAUGGCCAACAACAUGGCCGCCGGCAACAUGGCCGCCAACAACAUGGCCGCCAACAACAUGGCCGCCGGCGCCGCCUCCCAGUACGCCGCCAACAUGGCCGGCGCCUCCCAGUACGGCGCCUCGGCCCAGGUGACUGCGUACCAGUACGGCACUGGGGGCGCCGGGGCCGCCCAGUACGGCGCCGGCGCCUCCCAGUAUGGGGCAGGCGCCUCCCAGUAUGGCGGCGGCGCCCAAAUGGCCGCCGGGCAGUACGGGGCGGGCGCCUCCCAGUACGGCCUGGCGGGCGCCGGCGCCUCCCAGUACGGGGCGGGCGCUUCCCAGUAUGGCGCCGGCGCCUCCCAGUACGGUGCCGACGCCUCCCAGUAUGGCCUGGCCGCGGGGGCCGACGCCGCCUCCCAGUACGGCGCCGCCGCUUCCCAGUACGCCGCCGCCUCCCAGUACGGCGCCGCCCAGUACGGCGCCGCCGCCCAGUACGGCGCCCAGUACGGCGGCGCCUCCCAGUACGGCGCCUCCCAGUACGGCGCCGCCUCCCAGUACGGCGCCCAGUACGGCGCCGACGCCUCCCAGUACGGCGCCUGGGGCGACGGCACCCAGGACGCCUGGGCCCCCGCCGCGGCCGGCGGCGUCAGCUGGGGCUCCUGGGUGACCCCCGCGCCCUGAGCGCCGCCCGGACGCCUGGGCCCCUCCCCGAGCGCCGCCCCCCGGACGCCUGGGCCCCCCCGAGCGCCGCCGCCGCCGCCCCCCCGGACGCCUGGGCCCCCCGAGCCGCAGGGUGCCGCCGGCGCCGAGGAUCCAGCCGCUGCCCGGGGCGCCCGGCCUGGCGGUAGGUGUGGGGCAGCGCCGUGGGGCAGCGCCGUGGGGCAGCGCCGUGGGGCGGCAGCGCCGUGGGGCCGCCCCCCCCUCCCCCCGCCUCCCCCCCCUCACCCCGCCCCCUGCUCUCUUCUCUUGCAGCUCCCGGGAGCCCGGCCCCGCCCCCUCCCUCCAGGCCCCGCCCCCUUCCCCUCGGCCCCGCCCCCCUCCUCCAGGCCCCGCCCCCUUCCCUCGGCCCCGCCCCCCCCCUUUUCUGUGCGUUUUACAUAUAAAGGCGAAAAGGCCCAA